AACAAAAUGAACAUUUCCAUAGUUGAGUUGAGUUGACUUUGAGGUUAGUUUCAGUAACAUAAGACUGGAACAUAAAAAUGUAUACCAGUUAAACGGAGUUAUUGAACAUUUUGUUAUUUAGUAAAAUAAUUAAAUCCUGUAAAAAUCGGUAGCAUUAAAAAAUGAACUCUUUUAAGAAAGUUGCAUCAACUAGGUACUCUUAUUUAAUGAGGAAGCUUUUCUUUGAAGUACGGAGACAACAAUUACGGAACACCAGACAGGUUUCAACAACUGAAACAGUGCAGGAGACCAGCAACACCAAUGAAAUUAAAAUUCCCAAAAGAAUUGAAAGAGGACCAACAGACAUCCUUAAGGCUCUUUCUAACACUGUGAAGCGAGAUUAUACUGCUCCGCACUACAAGUACCAUGAUGAUCCAUUCCUCAUCCCCACGUCAAACAUCUCCAAGAGGAUGUUUGCUCUGUCUCAAGAGUCAGGUCGGAAAGCAGCUCAGUGGAUACGCCAGGAACACGCUGACUUGUUCCAACACAGAGUAGCAGACCCACCGAUCGAGGUGUACUUCCCCAGAGCCGUUUACGAUGAGAAAUCCGAAGUGGAUGAAACAGUUUUGCAGAAGGUUAUAGAGCAGCAUCGUGUUUCAGAUGCCCUCACAAUAUACGGUCUCCUGGAAGAAAAUAGUGUCGAGCUGUCGAGAGCCACAAAGCAGAGCUUGCUGGAACUGUUGUGCUAUUACAAUAGCCAGGACCCCCUGGAGGAGGAGUGGAUAGAGGAGAGAUGGUUCAGGCAAGGGAACAGGAGUCGGGAGAAGAAGAAAAAUGUCUGGAAGCGUGGAGGGGUUGUGGAGAAUUUGUUCAAGAACAUGUCACCUCCUGAUGCAGCGUCUUACACUGCGUUGUUGUGUGGACGAGCACAGUUCGGAGACGUGCAGGGGGCAUAUCAGAUUUACCAAGAGGCUCUGGACGCAGGUAUCGGACUGUCUGCCGAUGCCUUCAACGCUCUUAUCACUGGCGCUUCUGUGCUGAAGGAAGGUCAUGAGUUGCGUUGGGCAUUCAUAGAGGAAUUGCUGGCCAGUAUGAAACAACAAGGGGUAUCCCCUAACCUCGGCACCCUGAAUGCUAUUUUGGAGACCCUGAGCUCGAUGUCGAGUAACAAGGAAAGCCAGAAGAGAUCAUUGGCGGUGGUGGCAGAGUUCAGAGCCAUGGGCAUUGAACCUUCUCUUGCAUCCUAUUACUUCCUUCUGAACACUUUCUGCCAGGACAAGAGUAGUAUGCGAAGUGCUAUCCUCGUGAGUAUACUGAACCUACUGGAAGGGAAAUCACUGGAGAUCAGAGAUCCGAGGGAUGUGAUGUUCUUCACGCAAGCGAUGGACGUAUGUCGCUUUCAUCUCUCGGACCUGGACACAGCGCACAGAGUAGACAAACUGUUGCACACAGCGGACAACUACAAUCUCAUCGGUGACUCUUACAAGGAGUCUAUCUAUUAUCGUAACUUUUUCGCUCUGGCUUGUCAAAUGGGAACACUGGAAGAGUUCAUGGAGCUGUAUUACAAGUUGGUACCGAACAUUUACGUCCCUGAACCUGGAAUAAUGGAAGAAAUAAUAAAAACGGUGGACUUGAAUGAAGCGUGGGAACUUCUGCCACGGCUUUGGUCUGACGUAGUGAUGUUCGAGCACACAGACCGUGAGUCCUUGAUCUGUGCAGUCCUGACAGCACUACAGAGGAGUCAGACUGAUGACACGGAGCUGAUGGGACGGUUGGCAGACGUGGCAUGGGGCAUCUGGGAGCGACUGGAGAACCAGAAAGAGAGCAGGUUCAAUAAAAAAAUCAGUUGGACAGGACAGAUGCUGGGAGAUGUGAUGCUGGUGCUGCUGAGAGCUGAUCGCUACCUGCAGGCUGUUGACAUCACAACUGCUCUGGACAAGCGACAGCACGAGAUACUUGGAGUCCCUAGCUUCCAGAGUCUCUCAAUGUUCUUGGGCAAGUCCAUCGAGAGGAAGGAGAUAAAAAAAGCUAUUUGGACUGUCCAGUACUGCUCAGAAGCAGGUUUUGAAGACACAAUAAAGCUUGCUCAGCUGCUGAACAGUUCGGUGCAGCUCGACUCUGACCAGAAGUCUCAGCUGGGCAGCAUCGUUGGUCCCCAGGCAUUGGUUCAGGCUGCAGCCACAGCUUGACAACAGUCCUGUUAAUUGUAUAUAGUAGACUAUAUAAUACACCUUUGUAACUGUA